AUGACCAAGGCAGAAGACCAGCACUCAACAAAUCUAAAACUUUCAUUGUCCGUGAAUGAACUCUCCAAAACUGAAGGAUGCAUUCUGGAUGACUACAGCUGCGUUCUGGAGUGCUCGCUGCCGUUGCGCGGCGUUCGGGUCACCCCCGCCAACAUCUUCUGCGCUGACCAGUACCUGAAGGUAAGCAUCCCUCCCUUUUUAUUUGAAGCCAUUUUAUAUGCUCCUAUUGACGACACAAAUAGCACAGCAAAGAUUGGAAAUGGAAUCAUUUUCUUCACUUUGUAUAAAAAAGAAGUGGCCAUGUGGGAUUCCCUAACUCUAGCAACUGCUAAUAAGGAGAAACUGCAAUAUCUAAGAGAGAAUGCUGUUCUAAAAGCCCAUGAAAAGGCGAAAGAGGAGACCAAAGCAAAAAAAGUUACAAAACAGGAACACAAAAAAUAUGCUUUGGAGGCCACAAUGAAGCUAGAAGAAGCAGAAAGAAAAAGAAUUGAAGAUCUGAAAGAAAAGGAGCGGCAGAAGGUCACUAAGGAGUUGGCGUUAUGGAAAAAACAGCAAAAAGAUGCUGAGAAACAAAAGAGGGUACAAAAAGAAGGGGAACUACAUCAAGAAGUAGAGCAAUUAAAGGAGGAGAAAAAGGAAAAAAUGAACAAAACUAGAAUUCCUAAUGAAGGAACUUCUAAGACCAGACUCAAACCUACUAAAGGUCAUGGUUCCUAUAGUAUGUUUUCAGAAAAUUUAAAGGAAGAACAGUUACCAGCUCCUCGGUCUGCUGCUACAAUUAAAAUCAACUUUACAUCACGAGUUUUUCCUACAGCUCUGCGAGAAUCUCGCAUCGCAGAAGAGGAGGAGUGGCUACGUAAACAAGCAGAAGCUCGAAGAACAGUAAGUGCUGAUUUGUCUGAGGUGGAAGAUUUAAAAGAAGAGGAGAAGAAUCCAGACUGGUUAAAGGACAAAGGAAACAAAAUGUUUGCAACGGGAAACUACCUUGCAGCUGUUAAUGCGUAUAACCUCGCAGUGCGGCUAAACAAUAAGCUUCCCCUACUGUAUCUGAAUCGUGCUGCUUGCCACCUUAAACUGAGAAAUUUACAUAAAGCUAUUGAAGAUUCCUCUAAGGCACUAGAACUGCUGACACCACCCGUUCCUCAUAACGAGCAUGCUCGAGUAAAAGCAUAUGUGAGACGUGGAACAGCGUUUUGUCAGCUGGAAUUAUAUACUGAAGGUCUCCAGGAUUAUGAAGCAGCUCUCAAGAUUGAUCCUAAAAAUAAAACUAUAGAAAACGAUGCUGAGAAGAUUCGACACCUAAUUCAAGGAACAAUGCAAGAUUCUUAACAAAAAAAAGGAACUUUUUGAGAGGGAUGCCUUUUGAGGGCAUCGGAAGGAAUCUUAGUUCUCUUCAAUAUGUUGUUAACUAGACAUUUUUCUGUUUCACUCAGAACCCCUACAGAACUGGUAAAAGAUUGGAUAUAUGAAUUACUGUUUUUGGAAAGUAUAGUCUUAUAACAAAUAUGAUUAGAUCUAUUUUACAUAAUUUUGAUACAAAGUUGUCAUUUUUGCUCUCUGUGAAAUAUUGGUGGGCCAAAUAUUAAAACAUGCUUUUGGUACUUGAUUUAAAGUUACCCAUAACUAAAUGAAAUACUUGUCUGGAAACAUCUACUGAAUCUAGACAAUGGGUUUUCAGACAACUUCAGUAGCUCCAUAUAGUCAACACCUGUUAACUUCUUAUCUUUCUGUUCUCCACCAAAGCUUGAAACAGUUAUGUGUUUUAUGGUUAUGGUUAUAUGUUUUCCUCUUUUCUUAUUGUUCGUGGUGUUUGGCAUAUCUGAAACUAAGGCAGUGAAUUUAGAUCCUCUAAUUCAGGCAUCCAAUUUGGAAAACCUCCACCUGGAAGCAUAGAGGUAGAUUUUAUGUCGUGCAGAACAUUCUUUUUAACAUUAAGUAAUGUACAUUGAAUGUUUUCAGACUAUUUUGAAACAUUUAUUUGGGCUGAACAAACAAGGUAAUUGGAAAAAUUAUAAACCUGUAGCAUGGUAUUGUUGUGUGGUGGUAAAUUAAUCCUGUGGUAAAUUGUCCUAUUGAUGAAUAUGACUUACUUCUUCCAUCCUACUACAAUUAGUAAUCUUACAGUGUAGCUGUAAAGCAUAUUCUAAAUCUAAAACAUUGUUAUUUAUAUGAGAAUAUAUAUUUUUCUUGAGCUGGUA